AAAUAUCGUCGUGAAUUGCGACAUGAGGGAAUUGAAAAUUUGGCUAUUGGAUUUGCGAUAUAUGAUAUGGGUGAUCAUGGUGAACGUUUGACGAAAGCAUAUUUCCAGCAGCACAAGUCAUGCGCAAGAAGCGCUGCAUUCAUAAAUCUACGUGAGGUAAGCGGACGUUUUCGAAUUGCUCCUGGUAACUAUGUGAUUGUUCCGUCAACAUUUGAACCGAAUGAAGAGGCUGAAUUUAUGCUUCGAGUGUACACGAAUGGUUUUAUUGAAUCGAAGUAA